UUGGUGAGGAAAAAGAAUACACAUGAUAGCAUCAUCAUAAUUUUUGCAAAAUGAUCAUGGGAAUCAUACUUUUGGCUAUUUCAUAUUACUUAUCUGCCUUUGUUUUAGCAGAUGACAUGCUCAAUCAAUACCAGCAAAUCAAUGACAGUGGGGCAUUAGUAUCUGCUAGAGGAGAUUUCAAGUUGGGCUUCUUCAGUACAAGCAAUUCGAGGAGCCGAUACUUGGGGAUAUGGUAUAACAAUAUCCCAGUUCAAACCAUUGUUUGGGUGGCGAACAGAGACAGACCGCUUAAUGAUUCAUCGGGUGGUCUAAAGAUUGGGGAUGAUGGAAAUUUGAUCCUUCUUGACAGUGGAGGAAUACUUGCUUGGUCUACCGGUAUCCAGAAUAUAUCGUCAAAGCCUACUGUUGCACAACUCUUAGACAAUGGAAAUCUUGUUUUGAGAAAUGAAAAUGGUGGGAGCACAGAAAGUUAUAUCUCGCAAAGCUUUGAUCAUCCUUCAGAUACACUGAUAGCUGGUAUGAAGCUGGGAUGGGACUUGAGAGUUGGUCUGGACCGGUAUUUGACAUCGUGGAAGAGCGCAGAUGACCCUUCACUUGGAGAUUUCUCUUAUGUGCUUGAUCGUGAUGGUCUUCCACAAACUGUUAUACGUAAAGGGUCUGUUAAGCAGCACCGAAGUGGGAUAUGGAAUGGUCUGCAGUUUAAUGGAGCUGAGCUUAAAAACUCUAUCUUCAAUGGUAAUUUCAUCGAUAAUUCAGAGGAGGUGUAUUACGAGUUUGAUCUAUAUCAACAGCUAACAAGGUUGAUUUUGAAUUGCACUGGGACAAUACAAUGUGUGAUAUGGAACAAUAGGAACCUUGAGUGGGUUGUCAUUGAUACAGAACCUAGUAAUCCAUGUGAAAAUUAUGGGCAUUGCGGCCCUAAUUCUAUUUGCACAAUCUCUAAUGCUUACAUAUGUAGUUGUUUGGAUGGAUACAUUCCUAAAUCAUCGCAAGAUUGGAAUGCGUUGGUUUGGGAUGGUGGGUGUGUUCGCAAAUACCCAUUAAACUGUUCGGAUGGAGAAGGAUUUGUGGCAUUCGAAGGCGUGAUCGUCCCUGAUUUGUUAGAUUUUUGGAUGAACACCAGUAUGACAGUUAAAGAAUGUGAAUUGGAGUGUUUUAAGAAUUGUUCCUGUACUGCUUAUGCCAACUCCGAUACUGCUGGAGGGGGAAGUGGAUGCUUGCUCUGGUAUGGGGAUCUGAUUGAUAUUAGAAGCUUCCCAAAUCCUGGUGAUCAAACUCUGUAUAUUCGUGUAACGCCCUCAAAAUAA